AUGCUCUCUUGUGUGCUAACCUGCCCUCUCAUGCUCUCUCGUUUGCUAACCUGCCCUCUCAUGCUCUCUCGUGUGCUAACCUGCCCUCUCAUGCUCUCUCGUGUGCUAACCUGCCCUCUCAUGCUCUCUCGUGUGCUAACCUGCCCUCUCAUGCUCUCUCGUGUGCUAACCUGCCCUCUCAUGCUCUCUCGUGUGCUAACCUGCCCUCUCAUGCUCUCUCGUUUGCUAGCCUCCCCUCUCAUGCUCUCUUGCCUCCUGCCCAUCUUUCCUCUCUCCCUCACAUGCUAUGUCAUUGCCGGUACGUUGGUUCCCCUCUCGGUCCCUCUCGUCCACUCUCAUAUUCUCUUUCACUCUCAUCCACCCUCCAACACUAUCAUCCUCUCUCAUCCACUCUCAUACACUCUCAUCCCCUCCCAUCCACUCUCAUCCACUCUCACACACUCUCAUCCCCUCCCAUCCACUCUCAUCCACUCUCACACACUCUCAUACACUCCCACCCCCUUUUAUCCCCUCUCAUACACUCUCAUUCCCUCUCAUCCCCUCUCAUUCACUCUCAUCCACUCUUAUCCACUCUCAUACCCUCUCAUGCACUCUCAUCCCCUCUCAUUCACUCUCAUACGCUCUCGUCCACUCUCAUACACUCUCCGCUCCCCCUCGUGCCGCCUACUUCCCACCUUCCGCCUCCCCCCCGCACCUCUGCGUAUUUCUUCCUUCAAUCCCCCGCAGGCGUGGGAGAGCGCGUACGACUUGGCGGAAGGCACGAUCCGCCCGCCCGCCAAGAUCUCUCUUCCGCCAAACGUCCCCCCUCCGCCGCACCUGGAGGACUGCGCGGCGCGCACUGCGUUCCGCGAGUCGACAGAGAAGCGCGCGGCGAACGGGGAGUCGCCCAAGUGGUCCAACUCGUCUGAGGCGUGCGCAUGGGUGCCCCAGCCGCCUUGGGUGGGUGGCGGAGAGCUGUUCGUAGGCCGCAGUGAUGCCUCCCGCUCUCCCCCUUUUCCGACUUACCCCGUUCCCCGCCCAUUCUCGUCACUCCACACCACGCCCCCUCUUUCCCCCCCUCUUUCCCCCCCUCUUUUCCCCCCAACCACCUUCCCUGCUUGUCCUACCGCGAUCACCCUCUCCACCGCCUUUCUCCGCCUCCGCAAACUCCCCUCUUCCGAAUACCCCCCUCUCCCCAUGUCCGCAAACUCCCCCUCCCCCUCCCCUCCCAGCUCACCCUACCGCAAUCCCUCCCCUCACCCCCUCCGCCUCGUCCGCAAACCCCCCAAUUCCCCCCUCCCCGUGCAUCCCCGCGUCCAGAUCCGCGGCCCUGAUGCGGGCAACCUGGCAGCAACGCGGCGGGCGCAGCGCUACCUGUGGGAGCGGCAGUUCCCAGCGUCAUGCAAGGAGCGGAAGCUGGUGCUGAUAGAGUGGUCGCCGCUGGAGCGGCACGGGCUGGGGUCGCAGCUGCACAUCAUGACGGCGCUCUUCAGCCUCGCUGUCAGCUACAACCGCACCUUCUUGCCCAUGCCAGGCACCUACAUGCGCGCCAACCAUUCCGAGUGCCAAGCCAUAGGCAAGGCGUCAACCUUCGAGUGCUACUUCUUCCCCAUGGUAUCCAAGGAGUGUGAGGACAUAGCCAUGGCGGAGCACAACGCAGGUCGCAUCCCACCCUGCCCUGAUUUUCGGGACCUAGAAGGGGCGCUCAAGUCUGACAGCCCCGUGGUGUGCGCUAAAGAUGAGGAUUACAACCGCCUCAGGGUGGCGGCACAGGCGAUUGGCUCACAGCGAUUCCCGUCGCUCCCACAAGGCGGAUAG